AUGGAUCGCCUCGUCCUCGAAGCAGCAUCAACCACCCACCUCAGUCGCCAGGUUACCUCCCUCCAAACCCUCCAUGGCACAGACAAAUUCACCUCCCAUCCUCUCUCCCCAGGCCUGGCCAUGAUAUCCUCGCCGGAGUACGGCCGCAAACUCAACCACGCCCUUGGCUGGGGGACGAACGGACCAGAUUCACCCUCAAGCCUAGAAACCCUUCAUCAUCUCUGCCAACAGCGAAACACAAACGUAGAAAUCGACCUAUGCCCCCACGCACAUCCAUCUGCUUCAUCCCUCCUAACAGCAAACGGGUACACCCCGACAGGGUCAAUCAACGUCUACUCCAUCUCUCUCCCACCCAGCAGUCCUGUCUCCGAACCUGACACCCCCAUCCAAAUCACCAAGGUCGCACACUCUGACCUUGAAACAUUCAUCACAGCCUCCAUCGACGGCUUUCGCAGCACAAACCGCCCAGCAGCCCUCCUCCAUCUCCUCGCGCAAAGCGCCACUCACCGAACACACUCGGAUACACAGCUCUACCUCGCGCGCCUCGAUGGAAAGCUCGCAGGCUCAGCGGGGAUGGCUAUCGUGGACGAUGUAGCAGUCCUGUACAUUGAUAGCGUGCUCCCCUGGGCCCGCGGGAAAGGUAUACAGCGUCUGCUAAUGAGGGCAAGAUUGUCUGAUGCGGUUGAGCUGGGCUGUAGGGUAGCUGUUGUUGAGGCGAGGCCAGGGACGGCUAGUUCUGUUAAUGCAGAGAGGGUUGGGUUUGAGAUUGCUUAUGUGCGGACGAGCUAUGCGCGUGGGGGAGGGGGACUGCUGGCGCUGUGUAGUAUAGCUAUAUCUUUGCCGUUUGCUUGGUAG